UGCUUAACUCAGUCCAAUUAACGUCCUCUGCGCACAGCAGCCCUAACGUUUUCCUCAAUUCUAGAUCGCGAUUGGCCAUGGCACUGUUUUGGAAAUCAAGCACCCUUUUAAAUUUUGAAUUUUUGUUGUUUUUUGGGGUAGUGCUUGAAUUUCAUCUAGUACCUGCUAUGUCAGCUUCCCUUUACCUGAAUAUUACUUUCUUCAUCUGCCUCCAAUAAUUUUUUGGGAUCUAAAUCUAAUCUUGGAUCAUACUGUAAGCUUGGUUCUUGUGUUCUCCUAUAAGUUACCACUUACCUAAGUGUAAUUUCUAAUUACCUUCCUUUAUUCAUUUUGCAGGUAUGAUUGUUCAGUUAAAAUUUUCCAAUAUGGAAGUAUAAGAUACAUCAAGGAAAAUGUCGAGAGAAUUCCUCAACUCACGAUGAUGCAGCGAGCCCAGUUGCCCCUGAAUAGGCUGAAGGAUUAAAAAUUAAAUCUCUAAUGUCAUUUCUAUUUGAUUCUAUUAUUUGACCGUAUUAUUCUUCUUUGAUUCUAUUAUUUGACCGUAUUAUUCUUCUUUGAUUCUAUUAUUUGAUUCUUAUUAUUUCUAUUUCUUCUAUUCUUGUGUUUUGAGCAAAUACAAGUUUUCUAAAUUUCAAGUAUACCUUCAUGUAUUAUUUCCCAGUUUUAACCAGUGAAAGCACUAAUAUUUUGAUGAUUGUUCUUUGUCAUCCGAUUGAGUAGAAUUGGGCCGAGUUCAUCAGAAAGGAACCAACCUGCAUUUUGAAACUGAGAAAAAGAGGUCUGAAGUUUUAUUGGUACAUAAGACUCAAUGUAGAAAGUAAACGUCAUAAUUUUGGGUUGGUUUCUUUCCGAUGAACUCAUUCCAAUUGUCCUCAAUAGGAAUUUAAGAGACAUUUAAGAAUAACUUCAUUAAAGCAAGCUUGACCAUAGAAACGUAAUAACGAAUUUUUUAAGGAAAGCAACCUCCAUUUUAUAAUAUUUACAUAAAACGGUUGAUUGAAACUCACUAAAGAAAGCUAAAGAAAACCAACAAUUUUCUAUAACAAAAUAUUUUUUGAUUUAUGAGCAACAAACAUAGUUUAUAUGAAAAAUAUACUAACCAGUUGAUAAAAGGAAACUUUCACUUAAGCCUUAUAUAAAACUGGCUCAAUAUAAUGCAUAACUGUUAUACACCGAGGGUUUCCAUAUAUUUAGCCGUUAAUACCUCGGGAGUAUAAACAACGCUUACUAAUUAUGCAUCUCACUUUUCGGUUACCUAAAAUUUAUACUUCCUUUAUAACAUCUUUUUUAUAAAUCUGCCACUACAAAAUGCAUAACUGUUGUACAGCGAAGGUUUCCAUAUAUGUAGCCGUUAAUACCUUGGGAGUAUAAGCAAUGCGUACUAAUUAUGCAUCUCAUUUUUAGGUUAGUUAAAAUUUAUAAUUUCUUCAAAUUUUUUUUUAUAUAAAUCUGCCACUACGCAAUGCAUAACUGUUAUACAGCGAGGGUUUCCAUAUAUGUAGCCGUUAAUACCUCGGGAGUAUAAACAAUGCUUACUAAUUAUGCAUCUCAUUUUUAGGUUAGUUAAAAUUUAUACUUUCUUUAAAAAAAAAUUUAUAUAAAUCUGCUACUAGGGUUCUUAUACCUUAACAACGCGAAAAUUGAUAAGCUUUCACAAAAAUAUUAUCUGACGUGAUCAGCCGUCCGGAACCGGAACACCUGUUAUCUCUUUCCCAUCCCCACAAGGAUGGAAAAGGGAUAGGUCGCACUCGUUAAGUACCGAUUCGAGUGGGAGGCCGACUCCGAUAAAAGAGAGAAGGGCGGUGAAAAGGUUCGCCGUCGAUCAGGAUGAUCUGCCCGUAGGGUUUGAAGAGGCAAUGGAGGCAAAAAGAACGGUGGAGGAAGAUCUCAUAUUUUAUGUGAAAGCUCAGAAAACAAAGAGCUGUAUACACCAUACGAUACAGGAGGAUAUAGCCAAGUUGAGACUACAGGAUGACAGGUUGAGAUGUAUGACAGCCGAUACUGUGGUUGCAGAGAGAGGGCUGUCUAUGAGAAAUAGGUUAGAAGAUACGGAUCUACCGGCGGAAAAAAUAGCGAGAAGGCUUGAACAGACGGUCCUUGAAGGGGUAGGGGUUACGAUGGUGAAAACCAUGAGAGAAUCAUUCCAGGUAGCUAAUGAAGCGAGGACGAGCGUGGAAAACGAGGUAAUGAACCAAUUGGAGGUAUGGAGGAGACAAAUUGAGAGGACCGGGGAGGAGAAUACUGAACAUCAGAGAAUGCACAACGCGGAAUUAACGGAGGGACUGGCUAAGAUGGGAAAUAAAAUCACACAGGUGGUGGCCUGUGAGGAAGCGAGGGAGAAGAAUAUGGUUACAGAAGUGAGGGAAAUAGAGAAGCUGAAGGAAGCGAUAGUAAAAAAAGAAGGAAUAAUAAAUGAUAUGGCCACCAAGGCUGAAAGCAGCGAGAAACAGAGGAAGCAGGCGGUUAAGGAUAUCGAAAAGCAAAUGGAAAAAAUGGAAAAAACGCAGAGGGAGACAAGAGAGGAAUUGGGGAAACUAAUGGAGAGGAUAGAGGGGAUAAAAUGGAGACCCAGAAGCAGUGGCGUGGCUUUUCCGGAAACGAGUGGAGAGAACGUGGAACCAGUCGUGGAGAAAGGCUCAAAUCUAUUAAGUUCGAACUUUGAUGCACCUAUUGGUCCGCAACCUGAUGUUCCACCCGAACGAAGUGCCAUCACAAACCCGAUCAAGCCCGCUCAGCUUCUCGGCAAGCUGUCGUCCCUGGUGCUGUCCAUCGUAUCCCGACUCGGCCUCGUCUCAUAA